AUGAUUUUUAGACUAUUGUAUUCAAUAACAAGAACUAAAGUAUGAAAUCAUUUAAAUGCUAGUUAUCCUCUAAUAUUGAUUUUAAAAAGAGAUGCUUAAAUACUCUUGAAUUGUAAUUUGAUAAAGUUGAUGAUAUAAUUAAGUCAACUCCAACCCUAUUCCUUCGAGGAGGAGGAUGCGUAGGAUCAAAAGCAAAGAUAAAAAGUCAAAUGUAAAACACAAUUCCUAUGAAUUACUUAUAAACAAUGAAAUUAAAUAGUCAAUUGAUUGUUGAUAAAUGUGAUUAACUUUUAGACAAUUUUUNA